UUGAAAGACUGCUAAGAAUAUCAUCCAUGGGAAAUCAGCAAUCCAAAACAAAAGUGAGGGGAAACACUAAAUUGUUUCCAUAUGUUCGUGUAAGCUCCUCACCUCCACCUUCUCAAUCACAACCUUUGCUUGCCUCUGAUGAACAUUUGAAGACAAGCAAUUCAAACUUAACUUGUCGAAUGUGCUCUGAAGAUUCUAAAAAGGAGAUUGAAACUAUGCGUAAAUCGUUCACUGAUCUGGCUAAAAAAGUAGAUGAACUUGAAAAAAAGCAAUGCAAAGACAACACGGCUGACAUUAAAAGGAUCGAUAAGAUAAUUGCCGAACAAGAUAAACAAAUAAAGAGGUUGAAGGAGAAGCUUGUGGAACAACAUGAACAAAGAAAUACAGCAUUAGUUGAGAUAAAUGCAACAUCGGAAAACACAAUAAACCAAUCCAUACCAGAUCUCAUGUCCUUUGAGCCGGUAACUUGGGAUUUGUUACCAUCAUCAGUUGACAGUUUACAGGAGACGAAAGACUACUUAGACGAUUUUGCAGGGGGAAUGGUUAUCAUCAUCUUUUUACUUUCCAUACUUAUUGGACUGAACUUAUAGAGAAGUCUAGUUUCUUUGCAAUGUUUUCAAAUGAAAUAUGCUUGUAAUCAGAGAUAAAUAAUGGUUCACUUUCUUCAUGCAUAGUGUGUUGUUAUGACAAAAAUAUUAAAGAGAAUAAAUGUAAGUUGUUGAACAAAGACAAAAUGCUGUCAUAUGGUUUGAGUAAACUUGCAACUACGUGUGGAAUGAUUGACAUAACAUUGCAUCCAGAAUAGAAAUUCUCAAACAAAUGCAAAGUUUUUCCAAUGCUUGUGAAUUUCCUCAGUUCAAUAUGGACAUAGCAAAUCAUGAGAAAAUAGCAAACUUAACAUCAAACUCUAACUGCACAUUUUGAAAUGAAUAUAGAAGGGUGAAAAAUAAGGAGAUUCAGAAGAUAACAAGUGACGGAUGUAAAAGAAUGGAAAAUGUGGAUUUUGCUGACAUCUUGAAAGUCAGGCAUGUUA